AUGCAAUGUCUCAGUUUGCUCGGCCUCUUCACUCGGUCAACAGGAAACGAACGCUCAACGCCCGUGGGCUCCCGAGUGCUCCUGCAAGUAGAUGACCCCUUGAAAAUCUCGUCUCCAUGUGUGUGUGGAACGGGUGGUCCCGCAGCCCGUGAGCUACUGGCAGCGUCAGACGAGAAAAUGAAGGCAGCAGAGAUGGCCCUGCACAUCCGAUCACCAGUCAGCUCAUUUUACACGCAGAUCAUUGGUGACGUUGCUAGAGGUCUGUGUGCCCUUGGGAGCCCAGAUGAUGGUCGAUGA